CUGGAUUGACACAACUGCUGUUUUUCACAAGCUCAAAGUACUCGACAGCAACAGGGCUAACUUACAUGGGGAUGAUGAUCAUUGGGUGCACUCUUCCGGUGACACUAUGUCAUUUCCCACAAUGGGGAAGCAUGUUUUUCCCACCAACCAAAGACCCUGUUAAGGGAAGUGAGGAACAUUAUUAUGCCGCAGAGUACACCGAAGCUGAGAGGCAGAAAGGUAUGCACCAAAACAGCUUGAAGUUCGCCGAGAACUGUCGAUCGGAGCGUGGCAAGCGCGUGGGAUCCGCACCUACUCCUCCAAAUUUAACGCCUAAUCGUGUCUGAGUUUCUCGGAUUUUGGUUCUUUUCUCUAAGGGGAUGGAUGAUUGUCAAUCUCUUAUUGAUGGUUCAAUGAGCCUCAAUAAGUAGAGAUUUAAAGAAUGUACCCUGAAUUUUCUUUCUUCUGUCUUUUUUUUUUUGUUUUUUUGUGUGGUUACAUAUCUGGAUUUGAAAUUAUAUACGAAAAAUUUUCAAGUA